GUGCGCCGCUGGUUUGAGGACACCCAGAUCGAGGCGCAGCGCGGCGACGUGAAGCAGCAGGCCCUGCUGGCCCAGAUGUACAACGAGGGGUACGGCACAGAGAGGGACGUGCGCGCGGCGGCGAGCUGGGCCGAGCGGGCGCGGCAGAGGGGGUACCGGAUGAAAGGG